GGUGUCUGGUUCCAGCAUUUUAGCUGCUGUAGGAUGCCCAUCAUCUCUCCCAUUCUGAGACCAGAGAUUAUCCUAUCUUCUAAGGAUUAUGGCCCACCUGAUUGUAUGUUUUUCAGGAGCCAUCCAAAGAAAAAUACCAGCAAUGUUUGGUGCAUUCCUUCUUCUUGUUGCAGUCAGUUUGGCUCACAACUCCAGCACUGGAUUAGACAACUCUUCUUACUAUGCGGCAACAACACAGACCAGAUUUGUUGAAUGUCCUGACAACUACUCUGACUUCUGCUACCAUGGCACAUGCAGAUUCCUUAUAUCUGAGUGGGAGGCCUCUUGCAUAUGUUUCAAAGGCUUUCUUGGAAUUCGCUGCGAGCAUGUGGAUCUGUUGCAGGUGAAGGCUGCUGAUCAUCCUUUCCUGCGAGAGGUGGCACUAUCGGUGAUCUUUCUGGCUAUAGUAACCCUAAGUAGCACAUGCUUUGUGAUAUACUUCUGCAAAAUAAGAAAAGGAGAGAGAAAUGGGGUAACCCUCCUGAAGAAUAUACAACUUAAUGAUCUACCGCAAGCUAGACCUGUCGUGGUUGACUUGCAAAUCUCUACAGUGAAUACAAUACAAUAUAAAACAAGUGUGUAAAAACGAGUCCCAUAAGAAGUGAUUUAAGACAUCUGAAGAUAUUUUCAUUCACCAAAACAAGAAACUUGAGCAGAAAUGUGUAUUUUAUCCUUGUGUAUAAACAAUUUUUUAUGUAUUUUUCCUUCUUUUUUUUCUUUUUUUAAAAUGUAAAUGACUUCUUUCAAAGCACAGUUAGAUGGUGCCCCAACAUUGCACUCCAGUUAAUUUGCAUAGUCCCUUUAAUAUUGCAUUUUUAUUUUGAUCUUCUUCCGCUGGGAGAGCAGAAAAAUAAAUUGGCAGUCCCAAUUGGAGUAUUGCUGCCUAUAGAAAACAGCAGUUUCAGGAAACGUUGUCACUUUAGUUCGGCUUUCCACUACAGACGGCCAACCUGACUUAAGGCAAACAUCACUGACCAUUUAAAGUGUUUUGAAGCAAUUCCAUUGUUUUUUGUGAUCGAAAGCUGGUUGGAGAUUACAAUUUUAAUAUGUAUAAUGGAAAAAUGUAUGCCAAAAACAAACCUUUUACUGUUAAAUACCAUCUGACUGGAAAAAAGCUACUUGCCAAUGGGAUUGUGACUAUUUAUUUAAAUUAUUUUAAUAUAUUAAAUAAAAGUUUUAUCUAAUUCAU